AAAGGGAGAGAGAAAGAGAAAGAGAAGUUUUGGAGGUGUUUGUUUGGGUAGAGAGCGAGAAAGGAGGAGGAAACAAUGGGCGAUGUAUCUGAAAGUAAUACCAUGAUGAUCACGAAGAAGAAGAAGAAGGGUCGUCCAUCUCUUUUGGAUCUUCAAAAACGAUCUCUCAAAAAACAACAACAUCACAAAACCCCCAAUUUAUUCAUCGAUCCCUCUUCUUAUUCCAACAACGACGACGACGAUGAACGCAAACUCAAGAAACAAAAACUCUUACUCGGUUUGAAUUUGAAUUCCAAUUCCAAUUCCCUUCUCCAUAACAACUCCACAUUAUUCCCCAAUUCCAAUUCCAAUUCCGAUCCCCAAACCGCUCAAUUUCACCCUAUCCACAACGGAUCAAACCAAAACGAUGGAAAGGUUCCGAAAGCGACUGACAGUAAACAUGGUUUGCAGGGUGUGUCCGGUCCCACUACACCUUUGCCAGACAAAAAGCUCUUGCUGUUUAUCCUUGACAGACUUCAAAAAAAGGACACACAUGGGGUAUUCUCUGAGCCGGUGGAUCCAGAAGAGCUCCCUGAUUAUCAUGAUAUCAUUAAAAACCCCAUGGAUUUUGGAACUAUAAGGAAGAAAUUGGAUGGGGGACUAUAUAUCACCUUUGAGCAGUUUGAGAACGACGUGUUCUUGGUAUGCUCUAAUGCAAUGCAAUACAAUUCAGCAGAUACUAUUUACUAUAGACAGGCCCGAGCCAUGCAAGAGAUUGCAAGGAAGGACUUUGAGAAUCUGAGACAAGAUAGUGACGACGACGACGACGAUGAUAGUGAACCACCACAACCUAAAAUUGUGCAAAGGGGAAGGCCACCAGGCAAGCACGCAAAAAAGUCAUUGGGCAUGUCUCCAUCAGAGCUUGUUGCUCCUGAAUCUUCCUCCGAUGCAACUCUUGCUUCUGGUGGGGAUAUUGCUAGUGGCUCCAACGGUUAUAAUCUAAGAAAAGUAGUGAGCAAAUUUCAGCCUACAGAUUCAUCAGCCAGGGCUCCCCAAAUCAACAGUGGGGGUUAUACUAGUUGGUCGUCUGAAUGGGAGAAUGAAUUUCCACCUUCUGUUUUAAAAGCUGUGUUAAGAUAUGGAAAGAAGCAAUUCACAGUUGAUGAGACAAGGCGCGACACUUACAGAAAUCCAGUGGCUGUAGGAAAUGAACCACCAGUAUUGGCCGCAUUUGAAGAUAAUUUCAAGCAACUUCUUGCAGUUGGUUUACAUGUGAAUCACAGUUAUGCGAGAAGCCUAGCCCAUUUUGCUGCAGACCUUGGUCCUGUUGUUUGGAAGGUUGCUGCUAAGAAAAUCGGCAGUGUUUUGCCACCAGGACAUGAGUUUGGUCCUGGAUGGGUAGCUGAUGAUGAUGUGUCACAGAGGCAACACUUCGCAGUUCCUGAUGAGCGAAGUUUGGACCCUCCUGUACCAGAGGAUUAUAAAAGUAGAUUUUCUUCUCCAUCCAGAAUGUUCUCUCUUGCAAAUACAUCACGCUCGCAAAGUGGAGACAUGGUAAUAAACAGAGAAUUGAGUUACCAAAAUGAAUUGAAUCAAGGCAACAGUGUUAGUGGUGGGAAUGAAUCCAUGAUUCCUGGGAGGAUUCAGCAGGAACCCAUGGCGCACUCUGAUGAUUUUGGUUCUAAUGGCCGGUUUAGCGCUAAUUUUUCACCUGAAAUGAAGAUGGUAAGACUUGCUGACUUAACCGGGUCUUCAAACGCCGGUAAUGUUCCUCAAAUGUUCGAUAUGGAUACCAUAAACAGCCUUUCUGGCCAUAUUGCGCCUACAAAUAUUAAUCCAACAGCUCUCAAGGCCCAAUUCUUCAACAAGUCAAGUCAAUCAGAUUCCAGUAAUUUAUCAGGUCUGGAAUCUGGAUUUGAUUUGCAAAGAUUGUCUCAAGGGCUUGCCCCCGGAAAAUCAUCUUGGCAAGGAUUGGAAGUUCCUACCAAACAGAAUUCUUUUUCACUUGGUAAUGACUUAAACGGAAUGAUAGGCGCAACAAGUUCACGCAGCUCCAAUGUGGAGACUGGUCCUCAGCUGCAGCCAAAUCUUGCAUUGCAGCUCUGAUGAUAUAUUAUUUUUCAGAUUGGAAUUUUCUCAAUCAUUUUUCUAACAUGGUAAUGUCGUGUCAUGAGGGAGAAAGUUAAAAAGUUUAAUAGAUCCUAGUCAAAUAAUAGUAGGUUUUUUUGUUUUUGUUUUUGUUGUCUUUCAUGACAUGACAUUGCCCUGUUGAUAAAUAAGAUGAGAAGAUCAAAAAUCUAAUUUUUCUGUCAUUUGAUCUCAGAAGCUGGGCCUUACAUUUUUUUAGUUGUGUAGAGCCUUUACUUUCUUUUUUUUAGAAAAAAAAAAACUUCAAAAUGGAGGUUGGCUGUACCAAGUUUACAGUUGGAUUGGUAUUUAGCUCAGGACUAUUUGACUUAUGUGUAAUUGAGACGUCAAAUGUUCCAUAUAUUUCAUAUUUCAUUACUGUAGUUGGAUUGGUUUACAGUUGUAUUACUAUUUGACUUAAGUUGUUUUUAUGGAUACUUUUUGCUUC